AUGGAGCAAGUCUUAAACCAAAUCCAGCGAGAUUAUAACCUGAAGUGGCCCCAGCCAUCACGGUCUCCCUCAAACAGGAGAGACCUAUCCAAAUAUUGCUGUUUCCACCAGCACCACGGCUACAACACUGAGGAAUGUGUCAACCUUAAAGACCAGGUAGAGAAUUUGAUACGCCAGGGGGGUCUCAGUCGGUUCACGACAGCCCGUCCCCAGCAACGGCUACGGACCGAACCUACUGGGGGCAACCGCCGACACUUCCCUCCUCGGCAACCCGCACAACUCAGCCGAGACAAUGAUCAGCCUCCACUACCACCCCGAGCACAAGACAACCCUGCUCCUCCGGUCGUUGAAAUCAGAGUAAUCGCUAGUGGGCUUGCAUGCAGAGGACCAUUCCGUUCAGGCCAGCGAUCCGAACUCAGAAAAAUCAGACAGGGUUUUGAUAGAGAAGUCGCAACAUUCGAUCGCCCCCUCAAACAACCCAAACAGUGGCUGGAACCUAUCACCUUUACAAAGGCUAACUGCACAGGCAUCCGUUACCCUCACGACGACCCCCUUGUUAUCUUCACUCUCCUGUCCAAUUACAAGAUAAGAAGGGUGCUCGUCGACAACGGCAACUCUUCAGACAUCAUCUUUCUCAACGCAUAUCGCCAACUCCAGGUCGGAGAAGAAAAACUAUCCCCUCUUCAAACCCCACUAGUCGGCUUCACGGGGGAUCGGGUGACAUCCAUAGGCUUUAUCAAUCUUUCCAUCACCAUCGGCGAGUAUCCACGGCAGACCACCAAGGUACUCACCUUCCUCAUCGUCGACUGUCUUUCUGCUUAUAACAUAAUCCUCGGCCGCACAACCCUCAACGCCUUCUGA